AAUAUUGAAUCUAUGGUUAACAUCGAUUAAAACUUCGGAAAUAAUUCGUUUGUUCGGUAAACAAUAAUGGCGGUUAAUGAGACUACACCGCAUUAUUGCGGCGAAGAAUUAAAUAACUUUCAUACCAGUUACAAAAAUGUCCAUGGUUAUAUGUCGUUGAUUGUCUGCAUAUUGGGCACCACAGCCAACACCCUAAACAUCAUUGUGCUAUCACGACGAGAGAUGCGUUCGCCCACAAAUGCCAUACUCACAGGGCUGGCUGUGGCCGAUUUGGCCGUAAUGCUCGAAUACAUACCGUACACAAUGCACGAGUUCAUACUCUGGGAGCACUUGACACACGAACAGAAACUUAGCUAUUCGUGGGCCUGUUUCAUAAAGUUCCACUCCAUAUUUACCCAAGUGCUGCACACAAUAUCCAUAUGGCUGACCGUGACAUUGGCCGUGUGGCGAUACAUAGCAGUCGGUUAUCCCCAAAAAAAUCGUCAGUGGUGUGGCAUGAGGACAACUAUCAUAACGAUAACCUCGGCGUAUGUGGUGUGUGUCCUGGUGGUGUCGCCCUCCAUGUAUUUGGUAACGUCCAUUGUUGAGUUUCGAGAUACCAUAAAUGCCAAAGGCAAGGUUAUAAGUUAUGCACCCCUAACACAGUACGUGAUUGAUUACCAUCAAAUGGAUGCAACGUCCCUAAAAAAGUCAGACGAUGUUGCCAACAUGGAACACAGCCAACAACAAGAUAUGCAGUUUAGUAAUAGUUCAGCUGCGGACAUUCUCCUGACUAUGAUGAAUUCAUCGUAUUUGGCAACAACAGAUCCAGCAACUAUUCCCGCAGCCAGUAUUACGACAACACCGUACAACAUAACGGAAAUGCCGGCCGUUAAUGAUGGAUCACGUGACGUAAUUGCAUACCGCCUGUACCACAGUGAACUGGCAUUGCACAACAAAUCGCUGCAGUACACAACUUUUCUCAUCUACAGCGUCCUAAUCAAACUGAUACCCAGCAUUGCCCUCACAAUUCUUUCGAUACGUUUGAUAAUGGCAUUGCUGGAGGCCAAAAGACGUCGCAAAAUGCUUACGAGUAAUGCUGCCAAUGGCAUGAAACCCAUAAUCAAUGGCAAAUUGGCUGGAGCGGAUACCUCGCAACAAACGGCUCAGUCAAAGCCACGUAAAAAUAGCAAAACUCUGGAAAAGGAAAAACAGACAGAUCGAACGACACGCAUGCUUUUGGCUGUGCUAUUACUAUUUCUAAUUACCGAAUUUCCACAGGGUAUAUUGGGUUUGCUGAACACAAUCCUGGGCAAUGACUUCUAUCUGCAGUGUUAUUUGAAACUGAGUGACAUUAUGGACAUUAUGGCUCUCAUCAACUCCAGCAUUAACUUCAUUCUCUACUGUUCGAUGAGCCGACAAUUUCGUACAACAUUUACCCUACUCUUUCGUCCGAAAUUUCUCGAUAGAUGGUUGCCAGUGGCUCAAGAUGAGGAGACAAUGGCUGGCACCAAUCGUCCAUGUCGUCAGAGUAAUCGUGGCGGUCAAGGACCUGCACCGAAUGGCAUUCGACGUGAUGAAGUUAGCAAAAGCUGUGUGAUAGAACAAAAUCAAAUGACUACAACACAGGUAACAAAUGUGUAGCAUAAAGCGAAAC